GCAGGGCAGGGCCGUGCCCUGGGGCCGCGGCAGGGCCGGGGCAGAGACAGCGCGCGCACAAGUAUUAAAAAAAAACCAAAAAAAAAACCCAAAAAAAUGGAAGAGAGUAAGAAAAAGAAGAAACCAGAAGAGCAAGUUCAAGAGCCUGAAUCUGAUUUACCAGAAGCCUUACUAGAAUAUCACAUUGCGGCAAAAGAAGCAGCAAUUGCAUGGGUUUUGUUUCAUCUGAAAGGAUUGGAAGAAAAGAUCAAAGAAGAUAUUAAAAAGAAUGUUGUUCUGAAGGAAGAACAGAAGGUGCUUAUCAGGCGCUUAGUAAGGCAAAUAGAAGACAAGGAGAAAAAACGAGAUGAGAAGGAGGUUGUAACCAGGGAUGAUGUGGAAGAGUCACUGAAAGCAGUUUUCCAGUUUGUGAAGGACAAAGAACAACUUCUGCAAGAUCUGCGCUCCCAAAUUGAAGAAACGAAGAAAAAAAUUGCAGAAAAGCAGCGUGAGAGAGAUUAUUGGUUGGAGUACAAAAAUGUCGGAAGCAAAAUACAUGCUGAGAGGAUUAGCAGUCUGGAAAAAGACAUUGCAGAUGUCAAAUAUGAACUUGAAAGAACUGAAGAAUAUUACAGUGAAGCUUUGAAAGUUGUGAGAGAGGAAAAUCAGAAAAUGUUUGACAGGCACAUGAAAUUACUCAGUGAAGAAGCUCUUAAGAAUGCUGUGGGAUACUUAGACAAGAACUGCCGCAGAGAGAUUGAAGAGAACGAGUGGCUAAAAGAAGAGGUUAAGAUCUACCGAAAGGAAGAAAAGGAUUUGAAAACUUCUGUCCAGCUCCUGGAAGAAGAAAAUACCAGUUUGGUGGCAAAACUGAUUGAUAUCAAACUUCAGCAUCUAAGAGUAUCAGGGCAUUUGUUUCAUACAAAGGGAGCUGGCUUGCAAGAACUUCCUAAAGAUGAAAUGAAAAAGGGAACCAGAAAAUAUGCAGCAAAGACAGAUGGAAAGAGCCUCAGAAGUGCCUUUCCAAAGAUUCGGUCUAAAACAGAUUAUACGAAGCCUCCAGACAGUGAUGAAAAACUGAGGAAAAAAUUCUUCACUCCAGCCCUGGACAGCUUGUUGUAUGAAGAAGAAGAGUUCCAGGCAUACUCAAAACUGGGACCUCUGAAGAGAAAGCUGCUUGUGGUUGGAAAAGCUGUGCUUACUUGUAAGGAAACAGAAGAAAUGCCAAGAGGGAGCCACAGAGAAGGGGGUACUGUUGGUAAAUCAGAUGGGCGUAUCACAGCUAAGAUGAUCAAGGCCUUAUUUAAGGAAAAUGAUGAAAACUAGACAAGCUGUGCUGUUUACACAGAAAUGUAACAUUCUCAGUUCAUUAAAUAUUUGAUCUCUUCUGUGUGGCAUGGGGCUUUGAGGAAACUAUUUUAGAGUGCCUGAAUCAUGAUUAUAAGUUUCAUGAGAGGUAUGCCUGUGUGCAGAGAAAGGUUCCUUUCCUUACCACUAAGAGAGGUCUUGUGCACUCUCUGGGGUAUUCAGUCCACAUAGCACAUAUAUCUACUAAAAGGUCUGAGCUAAUAUUUAGUUUGUGUGGUCUCCACCUGCAGAGUUCCUUCUUGGAAUUCUGGAAUUCCUUCUUGAUCAGACACUGAAUGGGUAAAUGCAGGCUGCCAUAAAACACAUAAUUGUUACAAAAUACAUAAUGCUCUGCUAAAGCAGAAUUAAUUUUUGCAAGCAUAAUUCAACUAUUGCUAUAAAUGGAGUGUCUGAAUGCUUUUUUAUCUGUCUCCACAAGACCCCUACUUAAAUUCACUGAAAUAAACAAAAAUUAAUUUAAAACCAGCAUAAAAAUCCUCUAAGGUCUGAAAUAUUUUGUUUGUUUAGAAUUGGCCAAAUAUAUCGUGCAAGCCCUUAUCCUUGGUUUGUAGCUGGUCCUUUUGAACAUUUAUCUCAGUGCAUUGUUGCAGUGGAGGGGCUCCCUCUGGACACCCUCUCAGCAGCUCACAACAGGUCCUUCCCACAUGUAGGCUCUGACCCAUGCAUUUCCUCAUUAAAAACUUGUGACAGCAUUGAAUAAUCAAUUUAAACCCUUGAGAGGAUAAUCAGCUGUUUGGAAUAAAGCUUUUUAAAAAACUUA